GUAGUAUUUUUUUUAACACACUGAAAUGCCGAAACGGAAAAGAAGCAUUACGGGAGAUGCAUCGAGAAGACGAAGAGCUGAAGCACAAAGGUUACGGCGAGCUACAGAAAAUGAAGAAGAAACCGCUAGCAGACUGAGUGCGCAAGCAGAGCGCCAAGCAAACCUACGUGUUCAAGAAACGGAAGAAGAAACCGCUAGCAGACUGAGUGCGCAGGCAGAGCGCCAAGCAAACCUACGUGGUCAAGAAACAGAAGAAGAAACCGCUAGCAGACUGAGUGCGCAAGCAGAGCGCCAAGCAAACCUACGUGGUCAAGAAAUGGAAGAAGAAACCGCUAGCAGACUGAGUGCGCAAGCAGAGCGCCAAGCAAAUCUACGUGGUCAAGAAACAGAAGAAGAAACCGCUAGCAGACUGAGUGCACAAGCAGAGCGCCAAGCAAACCUACGUGGUCAAGAAACGGAAGAAGAAACCGUUAGCAGACUGAGUACGCAAGCAGAUCGUCAAGCAAACCUACGUGGUCAAGAAACGGAAGAAGAAACCGCUAUGAGACUCUGCACGCAAGCACAACAGCAAGAAAACUUACGCGCUCAAGAAACGGAAGAAGAAACCAGUUCGAGACUCUGCAGGCAAUCACAUCGGCAAGCAAACCUACGUGCUCAAGAAACGGAAGAAGAAACAAGUAGGAGACUCAGCAGGCAAGUGCAACGUCAAGAGAACUUGCGCACUCAAGAGUCGGAACAGGACGCUACUACACGAAGAACGCAAGACACUGCACGUCACAGACAAGUCAGAUCCGAAGAAACAAUGUCUGUACGAGAAGACAGGCUACGCAGGAAUGCAGCACGACGUUCGCGUAGCACUCUGCACAAUGCAGGAAGAUGUGCACUCGAAGUUUACGUUGAGCAACACACCGCCGGUUCAAUGGAAGCUUCCUGCGAUCUCUGCAACGGAUUGUUCUUUACGGGAGAAAGGAACGCAAGGGGAAGAUACAUGCACUGCUGUAACAAUGGGAAAAUUGUCGAAGCUGAAAGAAGAUAUCCAGAAGAAUGGUGCAAUCUAAUGAAUGGGAACCACCCGUUUUCUGAAGAGUUUUUUGCCAACAUACGUACUUACAACUGCCUGCUCAGUUUUGCUUCAUUGGGUGCCAAUAUAGAAAUGCCUUCGGGUUCGGGUCCCUACUGCUUCAGGAUUCACGGUGCCAUAUAUCAUCGAACGAGCCACCUUCAUCCGCCUCAUCCCGGUCAAGAACAGUAUGCUCAGCUGUACAUUUUAGAUUCGGAUCAAGCCCUCAGGCAGAGAAUGAACAUAUUUGGAAAUGUUGCCCUGAACGCCGAACUGCUGAGACAGUUGGACACAGUUUUAAGGAACGUUAAUCCAUAUGCGGAAGCCUACAAGAUGCUGAAGGAAUUCGAAGAAGAAACUGUACGAGAGCAAGGUGCCGAAACUGCUGCGGAUAUCCGCAUGUACAUCAAGGGUGAAAGUGUAGGUACGGGCGAACACAGAGGACGUUACAAUGCUCCGAAAGAAAAUGAAGUUGCAGUCGUCUUCAAGAGUACGGACGGCGCUCCUCCAUCGAACCGAGACAUCGUGAUCCAUCCGAGAGGUGGCGGUCUCAUCAACAUCAGUACCUUAAAUCCAUCACACAUUCCAUCAUUACAUUCGACACAUCAGUUAAAUUACAUUUAUGCUGUGGGAUAUUUUUCUCAACCAUCAGAUUUGUCCGGUGGAACAGAUCGAGGGUUUCUUACCUCCUGUCCAUCUAGUACUAGUCUCUCGAGAGAUCUUGAGAGGAAAGAAAUCCACGUUACCCUUCAGUGGAUCCCAGCGCACUGCGGUGUGGAUGGUAAUGAACAAGCCAAUCUAUUAGCUAAAAAGGGAUCCAUGAUUUCACUGAUAAAAAAUGAAAAUUAA